UAGCCGGUGCCCGCAGCCCUGUGCGCAGAGCCCGGAGCCCCGGCAGCGCCCGCCCUCCCUCCCGCGUCGCCAGCCAGCUCGCGGCGCCCGCUCCGCCCGUGACUUCAGUUCGGCUCCACCCCCGCGCGGCGGCGGCUCGCAGCUCCGUCCCAGCCCGCGCGCUCCUCACAAGCCCAGCCCGGGCGAGCGGCAGCCACCUGCCCGGCGCCGCCUCAGCGCGCCCCGCCGCGGCCCAACUUGGAUGGAGUUGGGGUCCUGAGCGCACACCCUGCCGCCUUCAUCCCGAAGCCCGCGCCGCCGCCUGCCUUCGGUCCGAAAUCCCCUCUCCGCUCCUCUCCGCUCCCGCGAUGGGAAAAGUUGGCGCCGGCGGCGGCUUCCUGGUCAGGCUGAGCGCGCUCCUGGCGGGCACGGGGCUUCUGAUGCUCUUAGCCCCCGGCGUCCUCAGCAGCCGCUCCUGCUGCUCCUCGCAGCACCCCGGCUCGACCCCGCGCUGGACCCUGACCCCAAAAGGUUUUCCUCACCCGGGACCGCUGGGUCGGGUUCCUGCCACGCCCCCGCCCCUCCUCAUGAGACCCCUGUUCGCAGUGGCCCCCGGGGACCGGGCGCUGUCUCUGGAGAGAUCUGGGGGCAGCAGGGUGUCAAUGACGACCGCUGCACGCUCUGGCCGAAGGAGACGGAGUGGAGCGGAUCCUGUGAAGACUGAACCCGGAGAGGGUGCGAGUCGGAGCCGCCGGGGCAUGCUAAGGGAUGGAGGGCAGCAGGGGCCUGGGACUGGCGCGCGGGACCCGGACAAAGCCACCCGCUUCCGGAUGGAGGAGCUGAGACUGACCAGCACCACGUUUGCGCUGACUGGAGACUCGGCACACAACCAGGCUAUGGUCCACUGGUCUGGCCACAACAGCAGCGUGAUUCUCAUUUUGACAAAGUUGUAUGACUAUAACCUUGGGAGCAUCACUGAGAGCUCACUUUGGAGGUCAACCGAUUAUGGGACAACCUAUGAAAAGCUGAAUGAUAAAGUGGGCUUGAAGACAAUUCUGAGCUAUCUCUAUGUGUGUCCGACAAACAAGCGUAAGAUUAUGUUACUCACGGACCCGGAGAUUGAGAGCAGUUUAUUGAUCAGCUCAGAUGAAGGGGCAACCUAUCAAAAAUACCGGCUGAACUUUUACAUCCAGAGUUUGCUCUUCCAUCCGAAGCAGGAAGACUGGAUCCUGGCAUACAGUCAAGACCAAAAGUUGUACAGCUCUGCUGAAUUUGGCAGAAGAUGGCAGCUUAUCCAGGAAUCCGUGGUUCCAAAUAGGUUCUACUGGUCUGUGAUGGGGUCGAGCAAAGAUCCAGACCUUGUGCAUCUUGAGGCCAGAACCAUAGAUGGACACUCACAAUACCUAACUUGUCGGAUGCAAAACUGCACAGAAACUAACAGAAAUAAGCCUUUCCCAGGCUACAUUGACCCCGACUCUUUGAUUGUUCAGGAUGAUUAUGUGUUUGUUCAGCUGACAUCCGGAGGAAGACCACAUUACUACGUGUCCUACCGAAGAAGCACGUUUGCACAAAUGAAGCUCCCGAAAUACGCUUUGCCUAAGGACAUGCAUGUCAUCAGCACAGAUGAGAACCAAGUGUUUGCAGCCGUCCAAGAAUGGAACCAGAAUGACACGUACAACCUCUACAUCUCGGACACCCGUGGUGUGUACUUUACCCUGGCCUUGGAGAAUGUCCAGAGUAGCAGAGGACCUGAAGGCAACGUCAUGAUUGACCUCUAUGAGGUAGCAGGGAUAAAGGGAAUGUUCUUGGCUAACAAGAAGAUUGACAACCAAGUGAAGACUUUCAUCACUUACAACAAAGGCAGAGACUGGCGUUUGCUGCAGGCUCCAGAUGCAGAUCUAAGAGGGGACCCUGUGCACUGUUUACUGCCUUAUUGCUCACUACACCUUCAUCUCAAGGUCUCUGAGAAUCCCUACACCUCUGGGAUCAUUGCCAGCAGGGACACAGCCCCAAGUAUUAUAGUUGCUUCAGGUAAUAUAGGUUCUGAACUGUCAGACAGCGACAUCAGCAUGUUUGUCUCUUCAGACGCAGGGAACACUUGGAGGCAGAUCUUUGAAGAAGAGCACAGUAUUUUGUACUUAGAUCAAGGUGGAGUCCUGGUUGCUAUGAAACACACAUCUCUCCCAAUUCGCCACCUUUGGUUGAGUUUUGAUGAAGGGCGAUCUUGGAGUAAAUACAGUUUCACAUCCAUUCCACUUUUUGUGGAUGGAGUUCUGGGGGAGCCUGGAGAAGAGACACUAAUCAUGACAGUGUUUGGACAUUUCAGCCACCGCUCCGAAUGGCAGCUUGUCAAAGUGGAUUAUAAGUCCAUUUUUGAUAGACGCUGUGCUGAAGAAGACUACAGACCUUGGCAGUUGCACAGUCAGGGUGAAGCAUGCAUCAUGGGAGCCAAAAGGAUAUAUAAGAAGCGAAAAUCUGAGCGGAAGUGUAUGCAGGGAAAAUAUGCAGGAGCAAUGGAGUCUGAGCCUUGUGUUUGCACAGAGGCAGAUUUUGACUGUGACUAUGGCUAUGAGAGACAUAGUAAUGGGCAAUGCCUGCCAGCUUUUUGGUUCAACCCCUCCUCACUGUCAAAAGACUGCAGCGUGGGACAGAGCUACCUCAACAGCACGGGGUAUAGAAAAGUGGUCUCCAAUAACUGCACAGACGGUGUGAGAGAGCAGUAUACUGCCAAACCACAGAAGUGCCCAGGGAAGGCCCCUCGAGGGCUCCGGAUCAUCACUGCAGAUGGAAAACUGACAGCAGAACAAGGACACAAUGUCACGCUCAUGGUACAGUUAGAAGAGGGUGAUGUGCAGCGGACACUCAUCCAGGUGGACUUUGGAGAUGGCAUUGCAGUGUCUUAUGUCAACCUCAGCUCCAUGGAAGAUGGAAUCAAGCAUGUCUAUCAGAAUGUGGGCAUUUUCCGAGUGACCGUACAGGUGGACAACAGUCUGGGGUCUGACAGCGCCGUCCUGUACUUACAUGUAACUUGUCCCCUGGAGCAUGUGCACCUGUCGCUUCCUUUCGUCACAACGAAGAACAAAGAGGUCAAUGCCACUGCAGUGCUCUGGCCCAGCCAAGUGGGCACUCUCACGUACGUGUGGUGGUACGGAAACAACACAGAGCCCUUAAUAACCUUGGAGGGAAGCAUAUCGUUCAAGUUUACUUCUGAAGGAAUGAAUACCAUCACAGUGCAGGUUUCAGCUGGGAAUGCCAUCCUGCAAGACACGAAGACCAUCGCAGUCUACGAGGAAUUCCGGUCUCUUCGCUUGGCCUUUUCUCCAAAUUUGGAUGACUACAACCCUGACAUCCCCGAGUGGAGGAGGGACAUCAGCCGAGUCAUCAAAAAGUCUCUGGUGGAAGCCACAGGGAUUCCCAGCCAGCAUAUCCUGGUGGCGGUGUUACCUGGCUUACCCACCGCUGCUGAACUCUUUGUUUUGCCCUACCAAGAUGCAAACAGAGAAAACAAAAGGUCAACAGAGGACCUGGAGCAGAUAUCUGAAGUUCUAAUCCACAAACUCAACCAAAACUUGGUGCACUUCGAGCUGAAGCCUGGGGUCCAAGUUCUCGUCCACGCAGCCCAUCUAACAGCAGCUCCCCUGGUGGACCUCACUCCAACCCACAGUGGAUCUGCCAUGCUGAUGUUGCUCUCAGUCGUGUUUGUGGGUCUGGCUGUAUUCGUCAUCUACAAGUUUAAAAGAGGCUGGAGAGAUGGCUCAGCAGUUAAGAACAUUGGCUGCUCUUGCAGAGGAUCCGGGUUCAGUUCUCAGCACCAACAAGGUGGCUCACAAGCAUCCGUAACUCCAGUUCCAAGAGAUCCGGCAUCCUCUUCUGACCUCCACAGGCACCAGGAACACACGUGGUGCACAGAUAUACAUCCAGGCAAAACACCCAUACACAUAAAAUAAAAAUAGAAUUAUUUUUCCUAAGUAGAGGCAUAAGAAAAUUUUGUGAGAUGUGAACAGCAGAAUUUAAAAUGUUUCAGGAUGAAAUAAUAGUUUGUACAGAAACCACGGGGCGAGGACCUCAGUGAUAGAGGUCUACUUGCCUAACACGCAGUGCCCUGGAUUCAUUCACCAGUACCUGCCACAAAAUGUGAAUAUGUACACACAUGUAAAUAAGUAAGACUGAAUAAAAAUCUAAAAAUGUAUAUUACCCCUUGUUAUUCCUAAUUUCUAAGACCAUGGAUGGUUUAAUUCAUUCCCUUUGUCUUUGAAAUGAACAUGUAGUCAGUUUGCAUACACUUGGACUAAAUGUACUUUAAAUCAGGUAUGAAAGACAUUAUUAUAAGGAACUCUAUAUGCCUAUUUAGUAAUAAUAUAAUUGUAAGCUGUAUAUAAAGUUCCUAGGAGCAUCACAAUUAUUGAAGUAUGUAAUUAUUCUCUUUAAGAACUAAAAAUUAAACAACUCUGAAUGUCAUUUUUAUCAGUUGAAAUUCAUACUGAGAUGAGACUAUUACUAUGCUGUUUUCGUAUCUGUAAUCCAUGAAAUUUCUGAAUAUAUUUUGUUCAUUUUAAUUCAAUUUUUAGGUUAUCAUGGAAAGCAAUGAGUUUCACUUUGACAUUUUCUUACACAUGUAUCAUUAUUUUUUACAAUCAUUUGUUUCCUCACCAACUCCAAUAAACUUUCCAAGGUUCAAAAUACUUAAAAUGUAUAAUCUUACUACUCAUGUGCACACACACACACACAUACAUAUUUAUAUAUGAUCUAGAUAACAAAUUUUAUAGCAUAAAGGUAUGAUAACUAGAUUAAAGAAAAUUUUAUAGCAUGUUGGCAGAUAUAAGUGCACACUUAUACAUUAUUUAUGUACAUUCACACAUAUGUAAAAGUUAACUCAUGUGUUAUCUAUGAAAAGAAGGGACAGUGAUCCAUUAUGGGUCAUAAACACACAGGAAGGUGUGCUAUGAUGACCUAGACCUAUUGUUUGCACUGUUUUGUCCAUCCCAAACCAAUGCAUUUUGAAGACUGUCAUUCAUCAGCCACAAUAAUAAGCUCCAAUAAUAGGAAAAAAUGAAGGCAGAUUUACUCUGAGUUGAGUAUGAAAGUUGUUUCACACACCCACCACCUCACUUUUUGUAGUCAUCUUGUUGAUUUUCUAACAAGCAACUGUUUCCUUUAGCCUGUUUCAGACACUAAAAAGGAUGUCAACAGCACUUAGUAAUAGUACCAAUGUGUUUAUAGUACUUUCUAUACCAGGGCACACAUACAGACUUGACAACUGGCUAGGACUGGCCUAGUCCAGUAAGUAUUGAAGAACUCUGGAGAGGAAGUUUUCAUUGGCUGGUGCCAAGACACAAAGGCAGUACUGAUAGAAGUCGACUUAAUUAUCAGUGGAAUCACAUAUGCAAAUGAAGGUGGGGAUGUGCUAGGACACUAAGCUCUCAGCCUCCAGAUUUUUCUAUUGAAAAUAAAGAGAAUAAACACAGAAGUAAAAUGAAGAAAUUGUGAAUGGUGAAUACAAUAAUAUUAGAGCAACUCUUAUUUUUAAAAUUGUAUAUAUCAUUGUGUACUUGUUAUGCUAUUCAAUUAUUAUAAGGACUUCAAGGGAGAGUGGUUGUUUUCUCUUUUGUUAAGUGGAGUUCAGAAAACAGGAAAGACUCACUGUGAUCAUUGUCACAGAAAUGAAUUCCCCAGGGGUCCUGCUCCCAACAGGGCUCAGCUGUGUGCUCCAUUAAACCGAGCUGUUCAAAACCAUGCAAAUCAUUUUCCAACUUCUUCAUGUGCCACAUUUCACAGGGCUCAAAAGGAAAGCAGACACAGUUGUCCUCAGCAAUGUGCCAGACCAAGUUUCUGUCUGGAAGAGCGCCCAUUAAAGAUUGAAUUCACCCUUCUCUUCUUCAGAUCAUUGCUGCUGCUGGAAAUUUAAUGGAUCUUGUGAAGGACUAUGCAUGCAUAGCCUCUGAACAUUCGGAGAAGUGGGAGGGUAGAUGUAAUCUCCCCUACCUCUCUUCC